CCGUGCGCGAGCUUCUCGAGGCCGGCGCCGAUCCUACCAUCCUGUCGGCCUGCGGAGAGACGCCGCACAGCCUGGCGCGGGUGUUGGGGAAGGAGGCCAUCAUGCAGCUGUUCGUCAGUCCCCAGGUCAUCCCGCGGCAGGGCGUGGCGGCGAAUUUCCGCCCGCGCAAGGCCCGAGGUCCGUCGCUGCCCAGCGACGGGCCGGAGAUCGAUGUCUGCAAGCAUUUCCGCGGUGUUUUCUGGUGCCCGACGUCCGAGAGCACGUUUGACGACAUGUCUGUUUGGGAUAUCCUUUACGAACUUGAAGCCGAGGCCAAGCUUUGCCCCGCGCCGCCUGGACCGGAGUCGCUUACGACGCCGCCGGCCUCUCCGGUCUUGGGAUCUCCGGCUACCGGAAGGUCGGGAGACGGACCUGCUACCAUACAGCAUCACCAACAGGGUCACGACCUACCGGUAUCGCUUUCUGGACACGAGAAGAACAGGGUCAAGCGUUGGAUUCACCUCCCGGCCAAUAACAUCGCCUGGGUGCUCGACCUCGUCCAGAAGCUGCACGCCAUGGACGGCAGGACGGAAGAAGAGUGCGCGCGCGUCUUGCGCUUCGUUCGCGACACGUUCCUCGAGAUGCGCUUCAGCGCGCCCUACCGCAAGCCGCAUUUCCGCCGCGAGCGGACGGCCACCGGGCCCCUGACGUCCGCGUCUCCUUCUGCCGGAGGCGCCUCGUCCUUCUCGGCCUCGCUCCGCCCGGACGAAAUGUUCUCCCUCGUGAUACCGGUCGUGGACGUCGACAUGGACGACAAGACGAAGGAACGGCUGCGGCACGCGGGCGAAGGCAUCUUCAACGGGCAGGGACAAACCCCACAGCAGUUUCAGGUGCCGCGGCGCGAGCUCAUGCGGGAGAGCACGGCAGAACGGCGCCGUUCGCUCAGCGUCAUGCCGACGAACCUACAGCAUUACCUGUUCCCCCAUCUGAAACACCUCGAUGCCAUGACGGGACUGCGCAAGAUCUUCACCAAGUCGGAGCUCCACACGCCGCGGACGCUGGACCAGUCGUACCACGAGUCGCUGAGUCGGGAGGAGGUACGGUGGCGCAACGAGAGCCAAGUGCUCUACCGGUACCUGAAGCGGCUCGAGUGCGAGGCGGAAGAGGAGAAGAGGCGGAAACAGGAGAAGAAGGAGGAGCAGAAGAAGAAGAAGAAAAAGAAGAAGAAGAAGGAGGAGGAGGAGGAGGAGGAGGAGGGGCGCAAGAAAGACAAGGGAGCCGAUGGUAACGCGGAAGGCGGUAGUUCUGCGGCAGCUUCGGCGGCGGCGGGCGGUGGUCAGCAGUCGUUAUCGGUAUCGACGUCGUCGGCUUCGGCGAGUCGGCCGUCCGGAGAUCCUUUCAAGAACCGCGAGUUCCUGUCGGCGCAGUCGAGCGAUAAGCAGAAGCGGUCGGACAGCACCAAGGAGCAGCUUAUGCGUAUGUUGGCGCGGCAGGACGUGGCGAGCAGCAUUCGGGCGCGGCAGGCGGAGACGGCGGCGAGGGAGAGGAGGAAUUUACCGCUGGAACAAGAACGGCGCAAGCAGGUGCUGGUGGUAUCGCAGCUCUGGCUUUGGCGAAUUGACGAGAACAACAUCAUCAGCUGCUACCCCGAGCGGUGGGACGACAAAAACGCGCAAACGCUCCUCAACGAGUUCAAGCACCGCAUCGUGGGGCUCCGGGGGCUCAAGAACCCGUCGGCGGACAUGAUCCGCGUGGUGGAGCAGAUCCUCGAAGCAGCCGUCUCGUUCAGCGAGGAGGAGUUCCACUUCCAGUUCGCGGGCGGGCCGCGGUCCUACAGCAACGCGUUCGCGAGCUCGAUCGCCUGGGUGUCCAACGAGGCGAUGAAGCGGUACGCCGCCUUCCGGGCCUCGCUCCGGGGGAUGCGCACGUCCAAGAGCCUCCUGAGCGGCGACCUCCGCGUCGAGAUUGGGCUACUGCAGGAGAUCGAGGACGUGCGGGAGGAGAUCAAUAUGGUGCAGCGCGUGCUGAGGGAGCAGGAGCGUGUGGUGGGCGAGUUUCAUGCGGCCAUGGACCCGGGCUGCGUGUUGUUGGAGCAGGCGGGCGGUGCUGGUGGCGGGCCGGGCGCUGUGUUUUCGCAUCCUACGUUGGAUUUCUUUACGAGGUUGGAGAUGGAUGCUACCCGCGUGCGGGAUUCGAUUACAACCUUGCUGGACCUCCGUCAACGCGAAGCCAACAUCGAAGAAGCCCUGUCUGCCAACGAGCAAUCCAAGAUUCUCUUCAUCUUCACCGGCGCUACCGUCGUCUUUGCCCCUCUAUCCUGGAUCACGGGCGUCUUCGAAGUAGACAUUGAAGGUCUCCCCAAUCCACUAAGACCUGUACAUGUAGCCCUCGGAAGCCUGGGAAGCCUCCUCGGCACAAUCCUCAUCAUCUACAUCGCCCUCAAAAUCUACGAGUUCCUCCUCCAAAACGAAGCCAGCGCGGACCGCUACACCAUCCAAGACAUGUUCCUCCUCCUCCUCGGUCGGUGGUCGGCUCGGGAUCUCGACGGUGGGCCGCAACAGCAGCAGCAGCAGACGCAGCAGACACAGCAGCAGACGGCUCGAUCGUCGGCGUUGCGGUCCGAGGACCUGCUCCCCACCGCGGCCCGGGAAGGUGGCGUCGGCGUGGCGGCGAGGCUGCGGCCUUUGCGGCAGCGGCUCGUGUGGUUGGGACGGGAUCGGAGGCGGAGACUUGAUGAAGAGACUGCAGGGGUGGGGGUUUCCUAA